AAAAGAUACUUUUUCGUUCCGAUUCGUUAGACGUCAAUAUCGAUCUAUCGAUUACAUACCAUCAACAAUGAUAUUUUCUAUUGUGAUGUAAAUAACUAGCAAUAACCCAUUCUAUCAUAACACAAUACAUUGGUCAUCAACAAAGGUACAUAGGUAUUGUUUCAUGGUGCAUCGAGUUCUUCACAAUGGUUCUUCAUACAGAACCGUAUUGUUACCAGUAAACGAUCGAUCCACGAAAAUGGAAUUCCAGUUAAUGGAGGAGUCAACAACUCUUUUACUCUUUUAUUUCGUCACAACUGUAAAAACAUAUCACGUGCAAUCUUUUCGAAACAAACCCGAAAAAUUAUUUGUACUUCCCUCCCCUUUUUCGAGUUUCGAAUUUUGUCUUCCAUGAAAUCAAAAAUCUUGUCAACAGAGAAGCCGAUCACUACAUAAGUAAUCGAUAAUGGUUAAGUAAAGGUACAAUUUUCAUUUCCUACAAUAUUAUAUGCUAACAAAUAAUUUUCAUACAAUACCCGUCUUUGUAUCGUGAGACUUUAAAUAUGUAUUUGAUGUAGAUCGCCAUAAAAUAUUUUUUCAUAGUUUCGUGAUUUUUAUUUCACGUGCCAGUCGAUGCUAUAUAUAAUCUAGAUACAUGCCGAUUAAGAUCCACGCCGUACGCAGUGAACAUGUCAAUUCCACCCUUAGCUGUUGUCGAAAAAAUUUCCAUACUAGAAUGAAGCAGCCUCGCCUGGUUCUUGGAUGGUCAUUAUUGUAGCGUAGUACUGGAAGAAUUGACGAAGAAAGAGAGUGAUAGAUCCGAUCGAAAUUUAUCGAAACGGGGUGUAGUCUCGAGUGCACCGUUCGAUCUCGAGUUACUUGUUUGACGAGCACGGUGGCGUGGCAUGAGGAAAGGCAGAAAAGAAUGGACGCAUUCUCCUCCUUGCUUGUCCUCGUCCCUAUCUUCAUCGUUCCCGGUGUUUGCUGUCGUCCUGCUAAGCGUGUCGAGAGUUUUAUACCCGUUCGCGUUGCUGCUCUGCCACGCCCUCCAUAAUUAAAAUCUAUAGGAGAACCGAAGAGAACGAAUUUCAUUUGCCUUUUAAAGUCAUCGCCCUUUUCUUAUACUUUAUUGAUAAAAAUUAAAUUGUUUAUGAUACCACGGAAUGAUUAAAUUUGUUUACGGAGAGAUCAUUUUUUUGUAUAACGAUCUCAAUUUCACUUUUAGAAGUGCGUAUUAUAGUAGAGAGAAGCUUUCGGAAUUUUUAAUAAUUUCGCAACUUUUAAUCCACGAUAGAGAUUAUCGCGAUGGAGAUUCAGUAUUCAGUCAAUACAGUCGGAGAACGUCUGUUGUCGAGAUUAAUCCUGACGUACUGGCUAUAAAACGUUAGUAUACCAGACGUGCAAACCUGACAUUAUUUCGUUCGAAUUUCCCCCAUUCUCGAUGAACGAAUGUGUCAACAACACUCUGUAUAUUAUUGAAAAUUGUUAGACGGCACUGAAAACGAUAAAGAUUAAAUUAAUUUUAGAGACUCAUCGACUAUUCAUUAUUAUGCAUUAAUCGAGAAAUUCCAACGUCCAUUCGUUUUAUAAUGUCACUUCUUCGUAUCCUGAAAUGCGAAAAAGAGGCGGUAUUUCACCAUCAUUUUUUGCGACGCUUUAUCACUACAGCCGAUCUAUAAUUGUUGAAAUGCUGUAUGAAACGUAGAAGCGUCGCAAGUAUAACAGAAGGCCAUUUAGAUACUUAGAAGUUCGAGUGACCAGACAAUGUGUACCUAAGAGGUAUUCACUCGCCCUAUUCUGUCCACUUUGUCCUUCCCUUACGAGUAGUUUCAUCUCCUUCCGGAAGUUUCACGAGCUCGACGGCAACACUGUCUAAUGACUGACAAGGCUUUGGUCUUCAUGCAUUUUUCAACGAUAUAGGUAACAAUCGCCACAGACUUAGGGAAGGUUGUCACGCGGAUGCAGCUCGAAAGAUCUGAGGUUGCAUUCUUUAUUUACACUAAUGGCAGCACUCUAAGGUCGAACUUGACGCAGAGGUUCGCCAUAACCGAUCAGGCUCUUCAUAACAUGACUACGUGGCCCCUGGUCUCGGUACCGAGGGAUGAGAGCAAGACGCAAACCUAUGACGUGGUCAGCAAAGAGGCCUUCCAAGCACGCCUCGAGGAUUUCAGGCAGAAGAUAAGUUCAGAAGAGAGCAGCAUUACCGAAGUGAUGGCGUGGUAUACGAGCGUGAACGCGGCGAUGUUAGACCAUUUGACUAAUCAGAUCAAAGAGACGGAUAAUAGUGGAGUUUGGAGGUAUCUAAUUGCUUUUAAAAAUUUGCUGAAGAGUAUUGAGAGCUUGGGUAUUUCUUCCGUGUACGGAAUCAAUUACUUUGGACGUGGAACCCUUGUGGGGGACAAUUACGUCAGCUACGUUCGCCACGAUAUUCUUGGACGUGAUCUCCUCUCUGGAUCUCUCACAUACGUGCCUUCUCUUAAACAUUUUUACGCAGAACUCACCAACUCCAUGUCAGACUAUGGAAAAAUUAAAUCUAGACGAGAUGAAAUCCUCCAGAACCAGAAGAGGAAACCGAGUGUUGAUGACGCUAUCGCUUAUUUCGAUUCAAUGGCUACUUAUGUGGAUGAGCUGCGUAAACUUCAACGAGAAUUACGUCACAUGAUCCGGGAUUAUGUGAAUUCAACUUUACAAGAUGCGAGUAACAAAGAAGUUGCUGGGAUAGCUAUACUCGCGCUAGUGUUGGUCGUUUCUCCUAUUAUUAUAAUGCUAGUACGUAAUGCGGUUGCAACGAUACAAAUGUACGCAGCCAAUUUAGCGCAAAAGGCUCGGGAACUGAAGCAGGAAAAAGGGAAGAGUGACACGUUGCUUUUUCAAAUGUUGCCUCCUAGCGUCGCACAGCAAUUGAAGCAAACUCAACAGGUUCCAGCGGAAUAUUACGAAGCAGUAACCGUAUACUUCAGCGAUAUUGUUGGGUUCACAGAAAUUGCUGCGGAGAAUACUCCCUUAGAGGUUGUCACUUUUCUAAAUUCGAUCUACAAGUUAUUCGAUGCGCGUAUCGAAUGUUACGACGUGUACAAAGUUGAAACUAUUGGCGAUUCAUAUAUGGUCGCCUCUGGCUUGCCUGUUAGAAAUGGGGACAAACACGUAACUGAAAUAGCGACAAUGGCCCUCGAUCUUCUAGCAGCUUCAUCGGUAUUUCAAGUACCAAAGCGGCCCGGUGAACGUCUUCAAAUACGAAGCGGUGCUCAUACAGGACCCGUAGUUGCUGGAAUCGUGGGAAGCAAAAUGCCCCGUUAUUGUCUCUUCGGGGAUACUGUGAAUACAGCCAGUCGCAUGGAAUCAACUGGAGAAGCGCUACGAAUACAUAUUAGCCUAGAAAUGAAGAAAGCUUUGGAUGCGGUAGGAGGUUUCAAAAUCGCGCAUCGUGGUUUGGUAGAUGUCAAGGGGAAGGGAUUAAUGGAUACGUACUGGCUGGAAUGCAAAGACGGCGGAAUUGCGCGGGCAGCGGAAUUAGAUCUGCCUUCGUUCUUCGAAGAUGUGCGACCAGUUUUCAUACGCCGUUUACGCGAAGAGGGUACCCUUUGAUGCGAACCGUAUUCCCGACGGGACCUCUGGUACCUGAACCGACCACCUACUCCUUACAUCCGUCUUUCGCAACCCAACCUUAUCGACCACUUAAAGAAGCCCACUCAAGGUCGUAAGAACCGACUGUCUCAUCCGAAUCUUCAUAUUACUCCCGUGAAGCCACCACCUCAAUCGCAGUCCAGUAUCGAGUCUCAGGACUCCGUGACAUACGAAGGAACUCAAUCAACGACACCUUGUCCACCGAGUUAUUCUCCUGCGAGUCAACGAAGUCGUUAUUCUCAGCCGAAUCUACCCACUCUCCUGAUAUCU